AUGAAUGAAGAACAAAUUGCUUUAACAUUACCUGACACGCAAAAUGCAGAUUCGAUAUGUUUGACUCAAUCACAAGAAUUAUUACAAGAGAAAACUACGAUAAUAUGGGGAAGAUUGUGCCCUAUUAUGUAUCCUUUUAAAACAAUGGGAAUGACCAAAAAUAUUUAUACACUUGGUCGUUUAGAAAAUUGUGACAUUCGUGUAACUAAAAAUGAAUUGAAACCAAAGUGGCUUAGUGUAAUGAGUAAAUUACAUUUCAAAAUAACCAGAGAAUUUAUUGAUGGCAAUACUAAUGAUGCUGUCGUAUAUUUAGAGGAUUUAAGUCAAAAUGGAACUUUUGUUAAUAAAAAAAAAGUUGGCCGUGGAAAUAAAGUAGUACUUGAAAGUAAUGAUGUAAUAUCCUUAGUACAGCCUCAUGUUGCAAUUUAUAUAUUUAUGAGCACAACAGCAUUUGAAAGCAAUGAUUUACCUCCAAAACUCAAAAAUAAAUAUGCAGUAUCACGUAAAUUAGGAUCUGGAGCUUGUGGUGAAGUGAAAAUGGUUUUUACUAAAGUUGGUUGUAAAAAAUUUGCUAUGAAAACUAUUAUGAAAAUAGGUAGUACAACAAAUGGACAAAAGCACCCGUUAAAUGAUCCUGAAAAAAUUAUGAAUGAAGUUAAAAUAUUAAAAGCCCUGAAGCAUCCUUGUAUAAUUCGAAUGGAAGAAAUUGUAGAUACGCCAAAAGCUGUAUACAUAGUUUUAGAAUUAAUGGAAGGUGGUGAACUCUUUGAAAGGAUAAAGAGUAGAGGACGAUUGUUAGAAAAACAUGCAAAAUUAAUCUUUUAUCAAGUUGUAUUAGCUGUUAGUUAUCUUCAUGAUUGUGGUAUAACUCAUAGGGAUUUGAAGCCAGAAAACAUAUUACUAGCUAGUACUUCAGAUGUUACAUUAGCAAAAGUAUCAGAUUUUGGUUUAUCAAAAUUAGUUGAUGCACAGACUAUGAUGAAAACCUUUUGUGGGACCCCUAUGUAUGUUGCACCUGAAAUAUUAUUUAAUAUCGGACGUGGUUCUUAUACAAAUCAAGUUGAUGUGUGGAGUUUAGGAGUAAUAUUGUAUGUUUGUUUAAGUGGUUCAGUUCCCUUUAAUUGCCAUGACAAAAAUAGUAUGCAAGAACAAAUAAAGAAAGGAUGUUAUAGCUUUCCUCCUUCAAAAUUUGGACUCAUUACAAAAAAAGCCAUAAAUUUGAUUUCGUCGAUGAUGACGGUUAAUCCGAAAAGGCGAAUUACAAUAAAACAAGUUCUGUUACAUCCCUGGUUGCAAGACCGCGAACUACGAGAUACUGUUGACACCUUAUUAUCAAACAAAAAUAAUGAAAAUGUAGCACCCCCCAGUAUUUCCAAUAAUAUCCAGUACAAAAAUGAACAAUACCAAAAUACAAAAAAAAGGGCAAGGUUAGAGUUGUAG